CAAAGAAGUGAUAAUUUUGCGUGGAGGUUAAAGUUUACGUAUAUGGUCGCCCUUAGCCGAAGCUAUCUGAGGAGUAAAAAAUUAAAAUGGGUUUCGUGAAAGUUGUCAAAAAUAAAGCGUACUUCAAAAGAUUUCAAGUAAAAUUCAGGAGGAGACGAGAAGGCAGAACUGAUUACUAUGCCAGAGUCAGAUUAGUUGUUCAAGAUAAAAAUAAAUACAGUACUCCAAAGUAUCGUAUGAUAGUCCGUUUUACCAACAGGGACAUUAUUUGCCAGAUAGCGUAUGCCAGAAUUGAAGGAGAUUGUAUAGUGUGUGCUGCCUAUGCACAUGAACUACCACGAUAUGGCAUCAAGGUCGGGUUGACCAAUUAUGCAGCUGCAUAUUGUACUGGAUUGCUGCUUGCAAGAAGACUGCUCAAAAAAUUCAAAAUGGACUCAAUUUAUGAAGGCGUUGUUGUAGCAAAUGGAGAGGAUUUCACUGUUGAAGACAUUGAAGGACAGCCUGGAGCAUUUAGAUGUUACUUGGAUGUAGGACUUGCCCGUACCACCACAGGAGCAAGAGUGUUUGGUGCUAUGAAAGGAGCAGUUGAUGGAGGCCUUGACAUUCCUCAUAGUAAUAAGAGAUUUCCUGGAUAUGAUGCUGAGAGUAAGGAAUUCAAUGCUGAAAUUCAUAGAAAACAUAUUUUUGGACAGCAUGUUGCUGAAUACAUGAGAAUGUUAAUGGAUGAAGAUGAAGAAGCCUAUAAGAAGCAAUUUUCUCAGUAUAUCAAGCUAGGAAUAACUCCUGAUGAUAUGGAAGAUUUAUAUAAGAAAGCUCAUGCUGCUAUCAGAGCUGAUCCUGAACGUUUGCCUAAACCUGAAAAGACUGUAACCAAGAAGAGGUGGAACAGAGCUAAAAUGAAUCUGAAGGAACGAAGAAAUCGUAUUAAACAAAAGAAGGCCGCUGUUAUCAAAAGACUUGAUGCAGAAAAGGCAGAAUAAAUUUUUGUUCACUGCUGAAUAAAUGACUUUCUAUGAAA